ACUAGAGGAUAUCCGAAGUAAGGGGCGUAGGAUUGUCGGUCUUUUUAAAUCCAGCACCACAGCGAAGGAGAAGCUGUCAGAGAUGCAGCGACAGCUGGCCAGGCCAGAGCACAAAUUAAUACAAGAGGUGGAAACAAGAUGGAACAGCACAUUUAAUAUGUUGGAAAGGUUGUUUAAGGAGAGAGAGCCACUGGGGGCAGCUCUGGCCACCCUCCAUACAGACCUUCCUCCACUCACCUCAGAGGACUACCAGGCCAUACACCACUGCUUGAGCAUUCUUUCACCGUUUCAAGAGGCCACAGUUGAGCUUUCGACAGAAAAACGAGUGUCAGCAUCCAAAGUCAUUCCCAUGGUCAAAAUGCUGAAACAUUACAUCUCAAGCAGGUGUGGUCAGAUCACACACCCACUUGGUGAAAAACUGGCCACUAACUUGAAGAACAAUCUCCAUGAGAGGUUUUCAGCUCUGGAGAAGGUCACUGCUCUGUCAAUGGCAACCUUGUUGGACCCAAGGUUUAAAGAGCUGGGGUUCUGCAGCCAAGGCUCUGCCCACACGGCCAUAGAGCGACUCACUAAAGAGUGUGCUGCAACAAUGCAGGCGCUACUUCCAGAGGCACAGCCACAGUCGCCACCUAGAGAAAGUCCUUCAAGUCAGCAGGAAGAUGGUGGUCUCUGGGCCCUGCUGGACAGCCAUGUGGGGGUUCAACAGCAGGUGACCAGCACAACUGCCAGUGCAACAGUGGAGGUUCAGAGGUACUUAAAGGAACCUCACAUCCCAAGGACUCAGGACCCACUGAGAUACUGGGUUACCCACAAGGUUUUAUACCCACAUCUCUACAAGCUGGCAAUGAAGUUUUUAUGCACACCAGCUUCAUCUGUGCCUUGUGAGAGGAUCUUCUCCAAGGCUGGCGAAAUCGUCAGCCAAAGACGAAACAGGCUGAAGCCCAGCACAGUGGAGAAAAUUCUGUUUUUAAAUAAAAAUCUAUAACAUGUA